GGUGCUCACACUUUGAGUGACCGCUCCCAUUCCAUGAUAGAUAGUUUACAUUGGAAAGCCAUCCAGAAAAAACAUGGGUUUUUCAUCGAUAUUUUUCGUAACUGUGAUCGUUUUAUCUGCCGCUAUGCAAACAUAUGCAGUUGUUGGAAGUAACAGCUCUGGCGUCGCCAAACAGCCAGCUACAACGGUGGGACCUUCUCCCAUCCCAAAUGUGACCUCGUCAAGACCAGAAAAUUUCACCGAAAUCAUCAAAUCACUUCUUACUGGCUAUGACAAGCGCCUACGACCAAAUUUUGGAGGGGUACCUGUGAAYGUGACAAUWACAACUUUUAUUGAAUUCAUUGGGGACAUUGACGAGAUCAAUAUGGAAUUCACCACGAUUCUGUAUUUCCGUCAAUACUGGRUGGACCCUAGRCUYGCCUUCAAAGGAAAGAGUUCCUACAACAAGAGGCUCGCAUUCAAUCCCGAGAUGCUCUCGCACAUWUGGGUUCCWGAUACUCAUUUUCCAGGAAUCAAGGAAGGCGAAAAACACGCUAUAACUGCAACCAAUGAAGUCAUCAGGAUUUAUCCCAAUGGCUCAGUUCUUUAUAGCAUGAGGCUUAAAAUUACCUCCCAAUGUGCAAUGGAUCUUCGUAAAUUUCCAAUGGACAGUCAGAAAUGCCAACUAAAGAUGGAAGCAUUUAGUUACGAUGAGCAAGAGAUGACUCUAUCUUGGCAUCACUUGAAUCCAGUUGUCGUUGCUGAGGGAAUCGAGAUCCCUAGUUACAGCCUGAACGAUGUAAAGUGGUUCACUGAUAAAGAAGAAUUCACAACAGGAACAUACUCGCUUUUGACCAUUCAAUUUGAACUGGACCGACGACUUGGAUUCCACAUGAUACAGAUAUACCUUCCAUCUUACUUGAUAGUGAUCCUUGCCUGGGUCAGUUUCUGGGUUGAUCGCGAACAGACCGCCGCCAGGAUCGCUAUGGGUAUCACCACCGUCCUCACCAUGGCAACACUGAUUGGCAGUGCCCGUGUAUCGUUGCCCAAGGUGUCUUACAUCAAGUCUCUUGARUGGUUCUUAGUMAUGUGCUUCUUGUUYGUSUUYUCGGCCAUUCUUGAGUACUCGUUCGUGUCGUACCUCGUGUUCAGACAGAGAAUCAAGCACCGCGAAGAUUACGUCCGUGAGGUACAGCGUUCUCGAGAGAUUCUUGGCCAACCAGCAGAAGGCGAAGCCCUACUCGAAGGGGAGCACGACGAUAGCCAAGAGCCUGGUCAGGACGCUGUUUGGGUACCAACCAAGAAACAAGUCGAGACGGUCCUCACCAAGACGGGCGUGGCACCCACUAAAGUKACCAUGCCAACCCAGCGAGAGGAAACGCACAUCAUUAACAUGAUCAAUAAGGUUGAAAAUAUUUGGCGUGUUGCAUUUCCCUUGGCGUUCAUCUUUCUGAACGUYAUCUACUGGGUUUACUACCUCGCCCUCGCUGAGGAUUGAGCUUAAGCAGAYGUAGUUCUUAAAUUAAAUGCUUGCUUCAUACAUUUAACUAGAAGUUUUAAUAGGAGAGCGCUGAGCGACUUAAUGUUCGAAGAUUCAAAAGAUUACACAUUUAGGUAUGAGCUUCUGACGAAUACGUUUGUCGUUCAUAUAACUAUUUCAAGAUUGUUGACAAUGAAAACCGAAUUUUAAUUCUUAAAAGACACAUUAGAUGUUUGAGAGUUGUCAAAUUUGCGAAAGCAACGUGUCAAGCAAAUCCUAUUUUCAACAUUCUGGUUUCCAAAUUUUAGCGGAAAAAAUCAAGUUUACAAUCUGAUUUAUGGCAAUGCCAUAUAACUAAGGUUAAAAAAAAAACACCAAAACCUCUUUCCAAACGUCAACUUAAACGUAUCCCACACCCCUUCCCAAUUUAAACGUUACCCAAACGUCUGCCGAACCUCUCCGACACAUUCCCCAAUCAACCUCUACCGUACCUAAUCUCUCCGACACAUUCCCGAAUUAACCUCUACCAUACCAAACCUCUCCGACACAUUCCCCAAACCUCUACCAAACGUUUCGCAAACUACUCCAAAAUCAAGUCCAGAUCAAGUAUUUUUCAUUAUCAACAUUACUUGAAAUAGAUUCAUUCAUUAAAAUACUUCAAGGUCAGUGUAUGAAGCGAAAGUUUAGGAGCAAUAAUAAUAUUAAGCCAUUUUUUCAUCGGUCAUUGUAAGUUGGUCGGUAGACGAACGUAUAGUUAGACUAGAGCACUAGUUUWAGCUUUUCAAAUUAACUACCGAAGUUGAUCGAAGGUAAGAGAAAUCAUUUGCUUAGCCAUCAUCUUUUUUAAUUAAUACAUCAAAUAAUUAGACCAACAAAACUUGAUGGCGUUGUCUAAUUCAUAUUAAUCAYUAAUUAGAUCAAUAAUUUAAUAUUUAUCAGUAUUUAUAUAUCAAUAAUUUGACAUUAAUCAUCAAUUAGAUUCAUAAUUUAGCAUUUACCAUCAAUUAGACCAAUAAUUCAAUAUUAACCAUUAAAUAAAUCAAUAAUUUAAUACUAAUCAUCAAAUACAUUAAUAGUCUA